GAAGUUCAGGUCCAUGAAACACAGGUAUAUAAUGUGACUAAAGAAAAGUCCAAUGCACUAUCAAGGAUCAAGGCCAUAGGCACAAUUAAGGAUCUCUGCCAUUCCAACAAUAAUAAGACACAUACGCAACAAGACAACAAACACUGAUGUGAAAUAACCUUCGCUUCUUUUCACUUGUUUGUUGCUGUUUUUGAAUAUUGAGUACUGUUCCCAUUACACUAGUAGUAUUUGUAUGAACAGUAUAGAAAUAUUACGAUUGUAACAUGAUUUUUCGUUUCAAGAUACCGAACCAUAAUGGAUGCCUGUGGAAAGACGGGUAGAGGUCGAAUUCGAUGGGAGUACAUCGAGCGGAUGGAUAGUCUCCUGUGUAAGGAUCCGGCUGUCCAUCCGGUGCGAGCGAUAAGCUCAUCCAAAGGUAUUUGAAAAUACGUACGUAGAGGCAUAGUGUAAGCGUCAAAUGCAACAUCAUCAUGGGUAAUUAAUGGAAAUUUCAAAUGACAAUUUUUUUCGUUAAUAAAUGUUUAAUAAAAAUGUCUCAAUCAAACAAAAGAUAAUUAAAAUUGCUUACACUGUCGUUGAAUUUCUUGCAGUACAUAUCGAUAAACGCUUAUUCAAAAUGUAACAUUUCGUGUACUUGAGGGACGCUUGAAAAAUUGAGAACGGGAUACAGUCUAUUUGUGUAGCUGUCAUUUCUUCACACAGAACGAUGUCGCUUCUACGUUAUUUCGAAGGAGCUACCCCGAAAAGAAAGGCUCAUCAGUUAUCUGUCGGACCAUAAUCUUGAGAAUAUCUUCAGUCUGAUGGAAAUUGUGCUUGCCCUGCCACCUACUUCGGUCAAGUGCGAAACAGCCUUCUCUGCCAUGAAGCUCCUCAAGACCAAGAGAAGAGGACGACUUGGAAACACUCGACUGAAUGAUUUGAUGGCUAUCAAGAUUAUGUCUCCAACCAUCGAGGAGUUCGACCCUGAAGCAGCCAUUGCUGAAUGGAUGACCUCUACUCCAUCUGGCCAGAAGAGACGAGUAGGAGAGCGUAUAAAGCAGCAUGCCAGACCCAAGGAGGUCAUCACCCUUGCAGACUCUGAUCUCGACCAGGCAGAUGAGAUGGACCAGGCAGACGAGGUGACAGACACAACCUCUAAAAGUACCAGUGAAAUCCAGGUAUCACAAUUAAACACAAGAUCUCAGUUACAAUAUAACUGUUUGUACUGAAUUUCACAAUAAUUAUUAAAUACUAUUUUCGGUUGAACAGUUAUUUUGACAAAUAAAUUUUAUGCCAUUUCAUGCAUUACUUUUAGUCAACUACGACAUCGCUGGUGCCAUAGAAGAUGAUGUAUGAUGGAGACGAUAGUGACGGAGAAAGCGACUGCGAGAUGUCAGAAGACCUUGUGUUUUCAUUGCUGAUGGAAUACAGUAGAGAUUAAAAUGAGAAAACAGUUUACUGGUGUUAUAGCUUUAUUACCUUACACAUAUAUUAAAAUAUCUCUGUUAAAAAGUUAUUUUGGUUCGGGCUAGUGAAACUUGAUUCGGGCUAGUGCUUUUUCCAGGCUGCUAGCCCGACUGGGCUAGUGCUUGAAAAAAAUUAGUGCGAAGACUGGAAUGAGCAUUUUUUGCGCAAAUAUCUGCAAAACAGUAAUAAAAGAUUGCUGAUAAAAGACCGCAUGAUUUAACUGUCUGCAAUGUAAUGGCACAAUUGAAUGCCUGUUCACUAAUAUAGCUCUCUAAAUAAAUUAGAUGUUCAUUCUAGUGAUCUAGCAAAAUGAGUUUGAACACAUAAAACAGCACACAUUUCUUUCAAGGUUAAAUUCUAUGAUAUCAACAGUGGUGGUGAAGCAGAAACAUUGAAAAAUGCUAACAUUUUUGCUGUGCCCAUGAAUUGCAGAUGGUUAAAUUUUAAUCUUAUUGUCAUUUUCAGAGAGCGGUAUGCAUGGUAUGCAGUGGUGAGGCCAGCUCUGAAUUCCUGGCUUGUUCUAAUGAAGAAUGGCAGAUGAGGUAAUGGUUGUGCUAUUUUCAAAAUUCGGACAAUAAUUCAACAAUCAAGUACCCUACUGGUUUAAGCCAAAAUGUACCUGCAAGUUUGUACAAUUAAUCAACAAAGAAUGACAGUAUUAAAAUAUUAACAUUGAAGUGGAAUUUCAACAUGAUAACAAUUUCAUUUUACAUAAAUUCUUAAAUUUAAUCCAGAGCUGAAAGCUGCUCUCCCACAGAUUGACAGUUCUUCUUUGUCAUUCCUCAAAAGCCCUCGAUUGAUAUCAAAGGAGUAAUUAAAUUAAAUGUACACAAAUAUAUGGCUUGAAGCAAUAGCGAAAAAUUAUUUAUUAAACAAGUGAAAUCUGUUCUAUUAUGUGUGACCCUGUAUGACUAAAUAGAAGGAAUUUACACCAAAUCUUCAAACUUGAAUAUAAAAGUCUGUGAUCUGAUAUAAAAGUCUGUGAUCUGAUAUAAAAGUCUGUGAUCUGAUAUUAUGUCAACUGUGUAAUAUCACUGGUUUCUAUACAUUUUCGCAAUAAUUGCCAACUUGGUCAUUAAAAGACAAAAAUAAAAAGGUGUCAGAACAGUAAAUCUGUGAGGAUGCAGCUUUAAAUUGGUGUGGCACUAAAUAUUUUGUGAAUACUUUUCUGUUGUUCUACAGGCUUUUAAAAUAAUUGAUCUGAAAAUAUAAUUUCUAUUAUUUCCGUUGUAUUUUAUGUUUUUUAUUACAGGUACUGGAAUCUGAAUGUAAUCAAAAAUGCCAUAGUACUGAGGAUUGACCUGCAAUGCAUGGAAAUCAUAUGCAAAGCCAACCUUGGGAAAAUGAGUGCAAGAUGGAAACAACAUGUUCAGUGAAACAACUUGUCAUCUCAAAUAUUUGAUGACUUACAUACUGAUGUGAAGUUGCAGAUAAAAGUAAUCUGUUGGCCAGUGUUUAUUAGAUACAUUAAACAGCCAAUGCCUGAAGCAAAACACAGAUUGAAUCUGAAGCUGAAGGUUUACUUUACAACCUACGUGUAGAUAGAGCCAGACUCCUAGUGCUUGGAAGUGCUACUCAGUGGUAACCCUCUUGCAGUCAACUUUUUAAAAUAUAUUUCUCAGAGUAUUUCAAUGAACUUUACUUUUAAUCCAGACACAUAUUAUAUCACUUUGGAACUUUUUUUAACAACAGAAAGUGCAUAUAUAUAUUUCAACUGUGUGGUAAAGGGUUUAUCUACGCUUAAAGUGUUUCUCCUAUAUGAAGAAGGGAAGAUAACUACAAAAACAGAAACAGAUGGCAUUGGAGAACCAAAUAAAGGAGAACUAUUUUGUUCAGUUCAAUUUUUAAGACUUCAGAAAAUCCUUUAAUAGGGCACAUCCUUGGAAAUGCCAUAUUGUAAUUGUUCUUUAGAAUGUGAAAAGGUUAAAGUGGUCUAGAGGACAAAUCAAAGGUUGUGGGUUCACGCCCCUCCAAGAUACUUUCUCAUGACCUCAGGAAAAAUAUGUCAGUAUGUGUCAUAAGUCAUUCACCGAUAAUCCCAUUCACAGUGCUAAGCGCAACAUAUGUCGUUCUCGAUAGUAACUCUGUUUACAUCCUCUGUCAUGCACUGUUUUUACCUCAAUCAACCAAAUUUCCUGAUAUUAAAGUUGUUGCGGCCUUGAUGUAUGCUUACGUAAAACAAGACAAACAUACAUGACAAACUAUAUUUCUGUAAAAGAAACGUACAAAUAUAUGCACAGGUACCACCAGCUGCAAUGAA